GCAGGCUGGCGGUGUGGCCUCGGAAGUCAGCGGGUCGCUGCUGGUUGGUUUGGCGCCGGUGGAGGGAGUCAUUCCUGCAGCAGCGCUUCCGGUCGGCAUUUUGUUCUGCCAGAGAAGGGGGGAGAGUGUCUGAGUGGAUCCUUUUAUCACCGCGUCAAUAGUCUUUCAGGGUUUUCUCUUUUCCUUACCCCCUCCGCCGCACCAAACACCCCCCGAAAAUCGCCUUUUCAACACACAACCACCCACGGUCCGCGCUGGCUGGAGCAGGACCGGCGGAAAGGAGCAGCGAUCGCGGGGAAUGUUUACCUCCCUCCAGCCUUCAUGUUUGCAGUGAGAAGGAAGAAGAGCGAACCCUCCCGACCCGGAUUAUUGUUGUUAUAUUACUCGGAGGAGCUGUGAACGGAGAGGGGAGCUAGAGACACUCAAACCCGGAGCGGGUUUCGCUACCGUUUCUUUCUUUUUUUUAUUUUUCCAAAAAACCAACAUCACGUCCAGAGCAGAAGGGAGAUGUGAAGGCUGGUCGGAGAGCAGAGACUUUGAGCAUCCUGUGCAUCGACACGACCCCCCACCCCCAUCUUCAGCAUGAAUGGGGAUAUGCCUCAUGUUCCCAUUACCACUCUCGCUGGGAUUGCUAGCCUCACUGACUUGUUAAACCAGCUUCCCUUGCCUUCCCCUCUCCCUGCAACCACCACUAAGAGCCUGCUGUACAAUGGGAGGAUUGCAGAGGAGGUCAACUGUCUCUUGGCUCGCAGGGAUGACAACCUUGUCUCCCAGCUGGCCCACAGCCUCAACCAGGUCUCCACCGAGCACAUAGAGCUGAAGGACAAUCUGGGCAGUGAUGACCCAGAGGGAGACAUGCCGGUGCUGCUGCAGACGGUGCUGACCAGGAACCCCAACAUCUUCAGGGAGAAAAGUAUAAUGCAACAGCCAAUGAUGCCGCCAUAUAAAAUGUCUCACAAUUCCAUGCAUGGAAGCCCGGCAUCCACAAAUUACCAGCAAACCACUGUUACUCCCAGCCCUCCCAGUCGCUUCGUUCAGCCUCAGACGGGCUCUGGGGCUCGAUUCAUGCCUCAGCAGAACAGCCCUGUACCCAGCCCCUAUGCUCCACAGAGUCCUGCCGGCUACAUGCAGUACCCUCACCCUCCCAGCUACUCUCAACAUCAACAGAUCCAACAAGUGUCUGUUGCAAGUCCCAUGGUGCCUGGUGGCAUUAGGAACAUCCACGACAGUAAAGUCUCUGGGCAAAUGUCAAGUAAUUCAGCCAAUCACAAUGCACGGCAUUGCUCCAAUGAAGAGUACAUGAACAUCGUCCACAGAUUGGGAAGUGAGGAGAGUGAUCCUUCCAUGAGAAACGCUUCCUUCCCUCUCCGAUCGCCCCAAUCGGUAUGCUCGCCUGCUGGAAGCGAAGGGACUCCGAAAGUUGGAUCGCGGCCACCUCUCAUUCUUCAGUCUCCGCCCCCGUAUACCUCACCGCGGGAUGCUGCUCCUGACCUUCUCAUGGACUCACCCGACCGGAAAAAGAAGCAGAAGAAAAUGAUCAAGGAGGAAGGAGACAAGGGCGCCAUGUACGACAUUGUCAGCUCUCCCUCCAAGGACUCUACCAAGCUCACGCUGAAGCUGUCGCGGGUCAAGUCUUCUGAGACAGACCAGUCGACCGACCUCAUGCCCAGCGUGGAGCAUGGCUCAGACGCUGAAAACGAACUGCCCUGCAACAGCUUGCCCUACCCCAGGAACCCCCAGGAACGGCUGGCUGCAGGCCAGUGCCCCCCAGAACAGUCAGGAUACCAGCAGGUCCCCGUGCUGCAGAACACUGGGACAGUCACUGCGAAACAGCCUGGAGGAGUCAGCGGGACGCCGUACGACGAGGCCGAGAUGGACGCGCUGGCUGAGAUUGAGAGGAUAGAACGGGAGUCGGCUAUUGAGCGAGAACGAGGCUCCAAAGAGGUUCAGGAUAAAGAUAAACCUCUGAAGAAGCGAAAACAGGACUCGUACCCUCAGGAGCCUGGUGCUGGUGGUACUGCAGGAGCAACAGGUGGUCCUGGGGUGGGAGGCGGGGGUAGUGCGGGAAACAAAUUGGCACCUCAGGAGGCUAGCGCUGCCAGCAAUGGGACUAACAGACCAGCCCUGAUGGUCAGUAUAGACCUACAACAGGCAGGCAGGGCAGAGGGGCAGCUCGACUCCUGUCCCACACCUGCCCUGGAGGCACAGCGCUGGCCUGAAGAUGGGUCGGACUCGGCUGGGGUUCUGCGGCUCAAAUCAAAAACUGAUGGAGAGGCGCAGAGAGCGGUUGAUGGUCGGCCUGAGGUCAUCAAGCAACGAGCAGAAACGCCACAGAAAACCGCUUCAGAAGGCCGUCCGGAGACGCCUAAACACAAGCACGACAGCCGACGGGACUCUACAAGCAAGACGCAGGGAUCAGACAAACGGUCAGAUGCAUCGAAACAUCGGCAUGAUGGUAAACCUGAAAAGGUCCGGUCUGAAGGACGAGGCACAGAUACGCCACGAAAACACGAAAGUCGCUCCGAGGUCUCUCGGGACAGCCACAGAGAGGAAAAACACAAAGACCGGGAGAGGAACAAGGACAGAGACCGAGAGAAAGACAAGGACAAGGACAGAGACCGAGAGAGGGACAAAGACAAGGAAAAAGAGAAAGAAAAGGACAAGGAAAAAGACAAGGAAAAAGAGAAAGAAAAAGACCGUGACAAUGAUGCUGUCAAAGUUCGUAGGCCAGACACACCAAAAGGUAAGGUGGAACAUGACCGACAUGGACGUGAUAAGGAACGGGAUCGGGAGAACCGAGACAGAGGGAAUCGGGACAGAGAAAACCGAGACCGGGAUCGUGAAAACCGAGAGAGAAAGCACCGAACCGAGUCCAAAGAACACAAGGAGAAACGUUCACCUGAGCAGCGUUCACGGCCAGAUAGUCCCCGGGUAAAACAGGAGAAUAAACAGCGCUCUGACCGCUCAGAACGCUCGGAGCGCUCUGAUCGCUUGGAACGUUCUGAUCACACCGAUCGCUCGGAACGAUCUGAGCGCUCUGAUCGCACUGACCGAUCGGAACGCUCUGAACGUUCUGACCUAAAAUCCUCCAACAACAAAGAGGAGAAACGAAGCUCUGAUGGUAACAGACACCGCUCUGAUGACAGCAAGCAGUCCUCCACCGAUAGCAAAGCUGCCGAGUUCCCUGACUACCUGCUGGGUGUCAAGUCUGGCGCACUGAAGAAUUUUGUCAUUCCCAAACUGAAGCGUGAUAAAGAUGGGAACGUGCCACCAGCAGCAACAGCACCAACUUCAGCAGCAACACCAGCAGAAAUCCCACGGCCAGAGAGCUGGGGUCAGCCGCGAGUCAAACUGGAGAGGUUGGGUCUGGUGGAGAACAUCAGCAAACGGCCCAAGCCUGUGGUGGUACUACAGAAGCUCUCCUACGAUGAAGUGCAGAAGAUCAUCAAGGAACGGCACUCUCGCAGCUCAAAGUCAAGCAAGAAUCGGUCGUCCUUUGGGAAGUCUUCGAAAGGGGGGAUUGAUGAGUCGGUGCUCAAGGAGCUUCCUCCUCAUCUGCUUGCAGAAAUCGAGUCCACCAUGCCUCUUUGUGAGAGGGUGAAGAUGAACAAACGCAAACGGAGUACGGUAAACGAGAAGCCCAAGUAUGCUGAGGUCAGCUCUGGUGAGGACAGCGCCUCCGUGGAAUCGGCUCCGAAACGGUCGAAAAAGGAUCGGGACCGGACGUGGGAGUGUGAAGAGAAGGACCGGAAAGGGGAGCGCAGGCGGAGUGGAGGACAUCAUGACGGCCGUAGAGGAUCAGGCAGCCGAUACAGAGACCAGAGUUCAGACGACUCAGACGAAGGCACGCCCCCUCCCAGCAUGAGCGAGAUUGCCCGAAAGAUGAAGAUGAAGGAGAAGCAGAAGAAGAGGAAAGCUUAUGAACCGAAGUUAACUCCAGAAGAAAUGAUGGACUCCUCGACGUUUAAGAGGUUCACUGCAAGUGUGGACAAUAUAUUAGAAAACUUGGAGGAUGUGGACUUAUCAUUAGCUGCAGAUGAUGACGAGAUCCCUCAGGAGUUGCUUCUUGGGAAGCACCAGCUGAGUGAGCUGGGCAGUGAAUCGGCCAAAAUCAAAGCCAUGGGCAUCACAUACAGGAUUUCGUCCGAGAAGCUUGUAAAGGUGCUGGGAAUAUUAGAGAAGAACAUUCAGGAUGGAUCCAAGCUCUCAACACUUAUGAACCAUGGCAACGAUGCAGAGGAUGAGGAGCGCUUGUGGCGUGACCUCAUCAUGGAACGGGUGACCAAAUCAGCUGACGCCUGUCUGACUGCGCUGAACAUCAUGACCUCGACACGGAUGCCCAAAGCUGUCUAUAUCGAGGAUGUGAUCGAAAGGGUGCUACAGUACACAAAGUUCCACCUGCAGAACACCCUCUACCCCCAGUAUGACCCUGUCUACAGAGUGGGCCCUCAUGGAGGUGGGAUGCUGAGCUCGAAAGCCAAACGAGCCAAGUGCUCCACGCACAAGCAGAGGGUGAUUGUCAUGCUCUACAACAAAGUAUGCGACAUCGUCAGCAACAUUUCUGAGCUGUUGGAGAUCCAGCUCCUGACAGACACUACAAUCCUGCAGGUCUCUUCCAUGGGAAUCACUCCGUUCUUUGUGGAGAAUGUCAGUGAACUGCAGCUCUGUGCCAUCAAGCUGGUGACCGCGGUCUUUUCCCGGUACGAGAAACACAGGCAGCUAAUUCUUGAGGAGAUCUUUACAUCUCUAGCCAGGCUGCCCACCAGCAAGAGGAGCUUAAGGAACUUCAGGUUGAACAGCAGUGAUGUUGAUGGCGAGCCCAUGUAUAUCCAGAUGGUGACUGCUCUGGUGCUUCAGCUCAUUCAGUGUGUGGUGCAUCUGCCUAAUGACAAGGACAACACUGAUGAUGAGUAUGACAAAAAGGUGGACCAGGAUGUCCUCAUCACAAACUCCUAUGAAACUGCAAUGAGAACGGCACAGAACUUCCUAUCAGUUUUCCUCAAAAAAUGUGGUAGCAAACAGGGAGAGGAGGACUACCGGCCUCUGUUCGAGAACUUUGUGCAGGAUCUCCUCUCGACAGUGAACAAGCCCGAGUGGCCAGCUGCUGAGCUGCUCCUCAGUCUCCUGGGCCGGUUGCUGGUGCACCAGUUUAGUAACAAGCAAACUGAGAUGGCACUGAGAGUGGCAUCUUUGGAUUACUUGGGCACAGUUGCUGCACGUCUAAGGAAGGAUGCAGUCACCAGCAAGAUGGACCAGCGCUCCAUAGACCGCAUCCUCAAAGAGACGCCUGGAAAUGACGAGACGCAGCAGCUGCAGAAAGCCUUGUUGGACUACUUGAAUGAGAACAUAGACACUGACCCUUCUCUUGUGUUUUCUCGGAAGUUCUACAUCGCGCAGUGGUUUCGGGACAGUACCACAGAGACUGAGAAGGCUAUGAAGUCCCAAAACCAGAAGGACGACGACUCGUCCGAGGGCCAGCAUCACACCAAGGAUGUGGAGACUACGGGCGAGAUCAUGCAGAGAGCUGAGGCUCGCAAGAAGUUCUUGCGGUCCAUAAUCAAGACCACGCCCUCUCAGUUCACCACACUAAAAAUGAACUCUGAUACAGUGGACUACGAUGAUGCCUGUUUAGUUGUGCGAUAUUUGGCCUCUAUGAGGCCGUUUGCACAGAGCUUUGAUAUUUAUUUAACGCAGAUCUUGAGAGUGCUGGGCGAGAGUGCCAUCGCUGUGAGAACAAAAGCGAUGAAGUGUCUGUCUGAGGUGGUGGCUGUGGAUCCCAGCAUUCUGGCCCGGUUGGAUAUGCAGCGUGGAGUCCAUGGACGGUUGAUGGAUAACUCAACCAGUGUACGAGAAGCUGCUGUAGAGCUUGUUGGAAGAUUUGUACUGAGUCGCCCCCAGCUAACCGAGCAGUACUAUGACAUGCUCAUUGAGAGAAUACUGGACACGGGAAUCAGCGUGAGGAAGAGGGUGAUUAAGAUCUUGCGAGACAUCUGUCUGGAGCAGCCCACGUUCAACAAGAUCACAGAGAUGUGUGUGAAGAUGAUCCGGAGGGUCAACGACGAAGAAGGCAUUAAGAAACUGGUGAAUGAAACAUUCCAGAAGCUCUGGUUCACCCCAACUCCCAACCAUGACAAGGAAGCCAUGACCAGGAAGAUCCUCAACAUCACUGAUGUGGUAUCUGCAUGCAAAGAUUCGGGUUAUGACUGGUUUGAACAGCUGCUUCAAAAUCUGCUAAAGACAGAGGAAGACGCUUCCUACAAGCCAGCCAGGAAGGCUUGUGCUCAGCUUGUCGACAAUCUAGUGGAACACAUUCUCAAAUAUGAAGAAGCUCCAGAUGACUGUGAGAAUAAAGGGGGGAACUCGAAUCGCUUGGUGUCCUGCAUCACCACGCUAUACCUGUUCAGCAAGAACCGAGCACAGCUGAUGGUGAAACAUGCCAUGACCAUGCAGCCCUAUCUAACUACCAAGUGCAAUAACCAGAACGAUUUUAUGGUGAUUUGUAAUGUGGCUAAGAUCUUGGAGCUGGUGGUGCCUCUCAUGGACCACCCCAGCGAGACCUUCCUCACCACUAUCGAGGAAGACCUGAUGAAGCUCAUCAUCAAAUACGGCAUGACGGUUGUGCAGCAUUGCGUGAGCUGCCUCGGAGCAGUGGUGAACAAGGUCACUCACAACUACAAGUUUGUCUGGGCUUGUUUUAAUCGAUAUUACGGGGCUUUAAACAAACUGAAGACCCAGCAUCAGGAAGACUCAAACAGCACAGUCCUUGUGUCCAACAAGCCUGCGCUGCUUCGUUCCCUCUUCACUGUGGGAGCUCUGUGCAGGCACUUCGACUUCGACCUUGAGGAUUUUAAAGGCAAUAACAAGGUUGUCAUUAAGGACAAGGUGCUGGAGCUUCUGCUCUACUUCACCAAGAAUGAGGAUGAGGAGGUGCAGAGCAAGGCCAUUAUUGGUUUAGGUUUCCUCUUUAUCCAGCACCCUGGGCUGAUGUUUGUCCCCGAGGUGAAGACCCUGUACAACGGCCUCCUCUCGGACAGGAAGACGUCAGUAAACCUAAAAAUCCAGGUGCUGAAGAAUCUGCAGACGUACCUGCAGGAGGAGGACACGCGCAUGCAGGAGGCUGACAGGGAGUGGAAAAAGCUUUCCAAGCAAGAGGACCUCAAGGAGAUGGGGGAUAUCUCCUCAGGAAUGAGUAGCUCAAUCAUGCAGCUGUACCUCAAGCAGGUGCUGGAGGCCUUCUUCCACACGCAGUCCAGCGUACGACACUUUGCCCUCAACGUCAUCGCCCUAACACUCAACCAGGGUCUCAUUCACCCUGUACAGUGUGUACCCUAUUUAAUCGCCAUGGGGACCGAUCCAGAACCUACAAUGAGGAAUAAAGCAGACCAGCAACUGGUGGAGAUUGAUAAGAAGUACACAGGAUUUAUUCAUAUGAAGGCUGUGGCUGGGAUGAAGAUGUCCUACCAGGUCCAGCAGGCCAUCAUGGCCUCUAAGGACACAAUCAUCAGAGGUUUCCGUCAGGAUGAAAACAGCUCAGCCCUCUGCUCUCACCUUUUUACAAUGGUGCGGGGAAACAGACAGCACCGGCGAGCCUUCCUCAUCUCCUUGCUCAACCUGUUUGACGACAGUGCGAAGACGGAGGUGAACAUGUUGCUGUUCAUUGCAGACAACCUAGCGUGUUUCCCCUUCCAGAGCCAAGAAGAGCCUCUCUUCAUCAUGCACCACAUUGACAUCACGCUGUCCGUGUCUGGCAGCAACCUUUUACAGUCCUUCAAAGAGUCUUUACUAAAGGAACCAAGGCCGCGAGAAAAGAAAAGGAAGAAGAAGGUGCGAGAAAAGAAAUACAGUUCAGAUGAGGAAGACGAAGAUGAGUCGUCAAGCAGCAGCAGCAGCAGCAGCGAUGAAGAUGAGGUGGUUCACAGAGCCAAAAGGCCCAAGAGGGCUGCAGCAAACGUGGACUCCGACUCCGACCUGGAUGUCGAAGACGUGGAAAAGGUCAUGGACCGUCUGCCAGACAACCCGCUCCCUCUGCUGGAUUUCGCCAAUGCCUCUCAGGGCAUCCUGCUUCUCUUGGUCCUCAAACAGCAUCUGAAGAACCUUUAUGGCUUCUCAGAUAGCAAAAUCCAGAAGUAUUCUCCAACGGAGUCAGCGAAGGUGUAUGACAAGGCAGUAAACAGGAAAAACAACGUGCAUUUCAACCCACGGCAGACGCUAGAGUUCCUGGCCAACGGCCUUUCAAAUGCCGAGCUCACAGACGACAUCAAGAGGAAGAUUGUCAAGCAAUACUUGGACUUUAAGGUACUGAUGGAGCACUUGGACCCUGAUGAGGAGGAUGAGGAAGGCGAGGCGUCAGCCAGCACCCACGCCAGAAACAAAGCCAUCACUGCUCUUCUGGGAGGCUCCAGCCCGAAGAACAACGCUGCUGACUCUUACGAUGAAGAAAGCGACGGAGAAGAGAAAGCACCUGGAGCAUCACGGCGAUCCAGGAGAGGCGGCGACUCUGCAGACGCAUCAGGUCAUUUGAACGAGACGGUAGAAGCCAUGGACGUCAUCGCUAUCUGCUGCCCCAAGUACAAGGACCGGCCGCAGAUAGCGCGCGUCAUCCAGAAGACGAGCAACGGUUACAGCGUGCACUGGAUGGCCGGCUCCUACUCCGGCACUUGGGCAGAGGCCAAGAAACGAGACGGACGCAAACUGGUGCCUUGGGUGGACACUAUCAAGGAGUCGGACAUCAUUUACAAGAAAAUCGCCUUGACGAGUGCUCACAAGCUGACUAACAAAAUGGUGCAGACUUUACGAUCACUGUACGCAGCCAAGGAGGGGACUUCCAGCUAAUUAAUUAACUACAGUUACUCCUACAUGAACUCUCAGCAGCCAAACUUUAUUGGGAUCCAACAUUUUCUAAACCCAGACAGUAAGGCAAGAAUACUACAGACUCACAGAAACCUUGAGAUCCACUGUCACGAAGAUGGAAACAGUAUGAGAGAGGGAGGAGGGGCGGGGAUAGCAUUUUAACACGAGGACCUGCAGCAGAAGAUACCGGACCCGUUAAAGUUAAGUUAAACAGGACAGAAACAUUCAGAAGGAAAUGUUUGGAAAACAUUGUGUGGGAGCUCCUUCGCUGUUGUGCAGCAACUUGGUCGUGUGAUUUUUACUCCCACUGUAUCAUAGUUUAACAUAAAAAACAACAAACGAAAACAAAAAUGUUUAUAUCUGACGAAAAAAUCUGUUUAAAAAAAUAAACUUAAAGUGAAUGUUGGAAAUUAGUCUGUUGAUGUUCUUAAUAAAGUGUUCUUGGAGUUAAACCUAGCACCGGAUGGAUUUCUUUAGCUUAGCUCAGUGUCCAGGGAAAAAAACUUUUAAAUAUUUCCUCUGCUUUAUGUUUUACUCCUUUUUUUUUGUUUACUCAUGCUGUACAAUGGAGUCUCCUGGACAUAAUUUAUUCUGUUAAAAGCAGAGCAUGCAGUAUCUGUGGCCUACAUGCAGGGGGAGAUUUUUUUGUAAAUGUAGAUUUUGAUGUAUUAGGUCACCCUAGAGAGAAAAAAGGGAUCCCCAGCACUUCUGGCGGAACAAAUACUGCAAUAAAUUUUUUUACUUCUCUUUGUUA